CCUUGAGGGACAAUAGGAUUGAACUGCUUCGAGCUUCAUGGCAUGAAUUGACCAUUAGAGUCACCGAUGUUUCAUUAUCAGAUGAAGGGCAAUAUACCUGUUCUUUAUUUACUAUGCCUGUCAAGACAUCCAAGGCUUUCCUCACUGUUCUAGGUGUUCCAGAGACUCCUCAAAUUAGUGGAUUUAUUUCACCAAUUAUGGAAGGAGAUUGGAUGGAACUCAGUUGCAAAACAUCUGGUAGUAAGCCAGCUGCAGAUAUUAGAUGGUUCAAAAAUGACAAAGAGGUGAAAGAUGUUAAAUAUUUAAAAGAAGAGGAUGCAAAUCGGAAAACAUUUACCGUUAGCAGCACAAUGAAUUACAGAGCAGAUCGUUCUGAUGAUGGUGCAGUUGUAAGUUGCAGAGUAGAUCAUGAAUCGUUGAACUCCACACCUCAGAUAGCAAUGCAAGUCCUAGAAAUACACUAUAUUCCUUCAGUUAAAAUAAUACCUUCCACACUGUGGCCAGAAGAAGGACUAUCUAUAACUUUGAUUUGUGAAUCCAAAGGAAAGCCAUUACCAGAUCCAGUAUUAUGGACAAAGGAUGGUGGAGAAUUACCAGAUCCAGAAAGAAUGGUUAUCAAUGGUAGGGAGCUACACAUUAAUCCCCUAAAUAGAACGGACAAUGGUACUUACAGAUGCGAAGCAGAAAACUCUAUUGGCCUAAACAGUGCAGAGUAUGUUCUUAUUAUACAUGAUGUUUCCAACAUUUUGCUUCCCACCACUGUCAUCCCCUCCCUUACCACUGCAACAGUCACAGCCACUGUAGCCUUAACAGGCAUAGGCACAGUCACAUCGGCAACAGCCAUCAACACCCGAGAUCCCAAUACUUUGGCUGGAAGAAAUGUACCAGAUCAUGCUGUUAUAGGAGGGAUAGUAGCUGUUGUUGUCUUUGUCACAUUAUGCUCUAUAAUUCUUCUUGGUCGAUAUCUGGCAAGACAUAAAGGAACAUAUUUAACAAAUGAAGCUAAGGGAGCUGAAGAUGCACCUGAUGCGGAUACAGCCAUUAUCAAUGCAGAAGGCAGCCAAGUUAAUGCAGAAGAGAAGAAAGAAUAUUUCAUAUAGAUGCAGACUUAGAUUCUUUGAACACCACUACUCACAAGGCUGACUCUUGGAGAAAACUGGCUCUCAUCUUUCUGAAUUAAUUUAUCAUGUCUCGUUUCUACCCUUGUUAAAGUGCAUAAUUGCUCUCAGUUGCCAGUUUGUACCAACAAUCAGCCAUGAACAUAUUUUUUUCUUUAAUUAUGAUACCAUUCAUAAUGCAGGACAUUUCUUAUUGCCUAAUCAUCAUAUACAUUGCUCUUUUAACAUACAGUGCUUGAAUAUACAGCCUUAACAAAUUUAAUCAUCAUCUGUUCACAUUUGGUUCUUCUACAUUUUAAAGAAAGUGUUCCUUUUCUUUUAAUAUGGUCCUUACCUAUAUUGCAUCAGACCAUUUUCAUAGCAAAUGUUCUUAGGUGAGGACCUAAAUGUACUUACAUAAACCAUUACAAGUAAGAUUAGAGGUUUACAAAGAAUGUUUUAUAUAUCGUCUGUAAUUCAAAAUCAGCCGAGCAUUGAAACAUUAUGCCCUAAGAAACACUAAUGAAAUCAUUCCACUAUAAUUUCUUGUGUGUUUGCAAAUGACAGCAAAGGAGUAUGUUCAGAACUUUUAUUUAAUGAAAUACUGGUAUUAAAAGCAACUUCUGGGUGGUAAUCAACACCAUACACUCCUGUCUACACAGAAUCCAAGGUGGUGGAUUAUGUAGCUCCAUUUUGAAAAUGGUUGUCCAGCUCUUUUACUGCUCCUAGAAUCGUAAAGACUUCCAUAUAUAUUUCUAUAAUUUGUAUUCCUUUUAAUUUAUUUGCUUCAUGUGGGUCUAUCUGCCUACUCAAAUUGAACAUGUUCAUGGGGCAAAACUGCAAGGCAUUUUAAUAUCUGUAUAUAGUGCAUAUAAUAAAUCCAAUUAAACAUUAUUUGAUACAUAUUUAACUUUUGGGGCUGUAGGUAAGUCAGUCACAAGUAAGCAUUUUCUAAUGUCCAUUAUAUCCCUUUAGAUAUAACUUAAAUUAAUAUUCUGAGUAGAUAACAUGUAUUAGUAUUUUUGUCUGUAUGUCCUAGCACUGUUCAGCAACAAAUUUUUCUAGUUCCAGUUAAUUUCUCUUUGUUAUACAAUGGAAGCACAAUGUUAUAUGGAAAGGUAGUUUUAAGCUAACAACCAGUGCACAGCCUCAGGUUUUGUCUUACAACCACAUUAAUGAUUAAAUAUUAAGUUACUAAAAAAUUCAAUAUAUAAUUUGGCAGUUCCAGAGCUGCUUAUCAAUGUUGGAUUUGCCAAACCCCAAACAGAAAAUGUUACAACAGCUCUCUAUGUUUUGUGUAUAUGGUAAAUGACUAAUCCUUUAUAUUAAAUUUCUGUCUAUGCAUUUUGUGAGGUACAAACCUAUGUCACGGUGAAUGAUCAAGAAUAUAUGCCAUGCUUUUAGCUCCACGGUAAAGAUCUCUCUUUGAUAUUAUGUUGAAUGUGGGGCAAAAGGACAGAUUAGAAUAAUAACAUUUUUUUAAAAAAGGCUAAUCCAAAUAAGAUAUUCCUCUUCCAGACCAAAAAAGGCAACAACAAAUAAAUAAAAAUCAAUGAAAAUAACCAGAUAAGCUCUUAUUUCCUGGUUCCAUGUAAACAUAAUUGACUAAAAUUGUAGAAAUUCUUAUUUAUCUCCUAAGCACUGUAAACUUUUUUUAAAAAAUAAGAUAAAAAAGAGGAAUACAUUUCUAUAUAGAAACUAUUACUGGUGAAGUCUAAAAGCAUAAUGGCCUAUUGUAAAGAAUUAAGUCCUGGGGUUUAUUUUUUGUGUGGGGAAUGGAAGGAGGGUGGGUAACAUUUGAAUAUGGCAUCAUGUGUCACAGUCAAUGGAAAUCAAAGGUAUUGUGUCAGAUUAUUUAUCCGAAGGCUAUACACCUUUUAAGGACAAUAGUAGUUUUUAAAUUGUUUUUGUUAGAAGGGGAAAAUUACUUUGUUAAUUUCAAUGGGGAAAAAAAGAGUGAGCGAGCGAGAGAGAGACCAUCAAUCAAGCAGCACUUUUUCAAAGUAUACAGAACAUAAAUAAUAUGAUGUGGUUGAGUGUUAACAUAAUAAAUCAUAUACAGUAUGAUAUUUUAAAGAAAUACGUCUGCAUUGAUGUGAUUGCAUGCUUGUUUUUUACAGUUCAUUCAAAAUCUGUGGAAAAAAUGCAAUAAUAUGAUAAUCUAGUAUGGUAAUUUGAGAGAAUCAGGUAGAAGUACUAGACACAUUGAAGCUAGUAUAGGUUUAUAACAUAGUCAUGUUUUCAAAAACUGAUUUAUAGAACUAAGGUAAAGGCCAGCAAUGCACUUAAACAUGUGUUGAGGUGCCUUGCUGCAUUAGGAUUAUGUUUAGUAAAAUUAUAUUCCUACUGGUGUUAUAUUUACACAUUCAUAUGUUUUCUCAAUUCUAUUAUGUUUAAAUUAUAUAGAAAUACUUUACCUUCUUAUUCAUCCCUAUGAAGUAAGAUUUCUUUAGACAUCUUUCAAUGUAAGCAUUUCAAAAUGUUUAGUCACUAUAGGAUACAGAAAACACUGGAAUUCUGCAACAGAGAUAGGAAUUAGACUGUUAAGUUUUGCUUGUAGUAGAUUAAAAAAAAUCUUUCCUUGCACAUUGAGAUGUACAGCAGGCUGAAAGGCAAUGAGAAAGUCCACCAGAAUGAAAAAUCACUGUCUAUCCUCACUUUCUAGCACCUAGUUAAACCAGAUGCUCUCAGUCUUCUAUUUGAGAGCAAAGGAAACUUUUGGAACAGAAUACAAAAAUAUACUUUAUUUAAAAUGAUACAUUCCAUAAAUAAGCAAACUUUAAUUAAAUGAUUUUGGCCCUUAAUAUUUCUCCACUUUUCUCUGUUUUAAUGUAUUCAGUCCCAUUUAGCUAAAAUAGCAAUAUUAUAUCAGAUUAUUUUCAAAAAUAAAGUUGACACUUUUUCUUACCAUUGUUUUAUUUUACAGCAUGAAACCCAACUGAGUUUACUUAUCCCAUGUAAAAACUCUUAUAUUUGGAGCUAUAAUUAUAGUAAUGCUGCCUCAUUUUAAUCAGUGUCCUUCAAUUGUGUUGAUUUUGCACUAGCACUUGAGCAGAUCCCAAAUAAUUCUGCUUCCUAUUUCAGUGCCUUUUCUACCAGUACAGUUCAGAAAAACAUGGGAAAAGCCAGGUAGUAAAAGGACAUGUAGAUUCCAUGUUGGCCACGGUAUUUGCUCUUAGGUUUUCUCUUAGGUACUUGAGGUACUAAAGCUUCAAUAUAAACCUUUGUUUUCUUAACCAAUUCCCUGGUUGCUGCAUAGCAGAGUCAUGUCAGGGUGAUGGAAGCUGUAGACCAAUCUAUCUGGAAGACUCUACCAGUUAGAAGAUGGCCUUUUCCAAACUGAAUGUUCAGUGUAAUAGGAUGAAUAAGAGGGACAUAUACAUUUACAAGCUUUACCCAUCCAGGGAGAAAUGCUACUAUUUAUAGGAAUAGUAAUGGAAGGUGAUUAUAUCAUUCUAAAUACACUUUGGGAACUCCAAGUUUAGAUUACUAUAUUAGAAUAAGAUGCUAAAAUUUUAUGAUAAUCUAAUUGCCUGCUUUAUCAUAGAAGACAGGUAUAAAUAAUCAUGAUCUGAAGACAGCAACUAAUGAAAUUUGAACCAAGAUAGUUGUCACUGAGAAUGUAUUUUUGUCAUCAAUCCAGAACAUCAAGUUGUUACUGAUUACUAUUGUUCUCUUUUGCAAUCAUAAUUCUUUAAAACAAAUAAAAGUAGAAGAUGGCAUCUCAGAAUAUAUGGGUCCGUUAUCUUUCAUUCUGGAAUGCCAUUUGCAAAUUUAAUAGUAUCUAACCUGAACCCUAACCAUUUACCUGUUUUUCAGAGGGAAAUCAUCUUACACUGAAAUUUCCUGUUAUUAAAACCAAAUGUGGAAAAAUUAUAUUACCAAUUAUUCCAGUGAAUUGGACAUCUUGAGUUAAUUAUUCCCAAUGUAGGCAACCUAUUUGUGAUGAAUCUCUCAGUGCAAAGAAAUAAUGGGAGCUUAUAUAAUGUUUUAUUGUAAAAGCAUUGCUUACUAUGUAUUCAUACAUACAUUAGGCAUUUUGAUCAUCACAUACGUUACAUGUGCUUCCAUGUAACAUUGCAGUUACUAUGUAAUUUAGUGCCACUUAUUAUAAAGUGUUACCAAGAGGAAUAUAAAACUCUUGCAUUUAUUAUUCCAUUGAAUAAUGGCAAUUCUAAUCAACUGAAAACAAAACAUGCAAUUACAAAGAAUUAUCAUGGUCACACAUGUUUUCUCCAAAAUGUUCUUAAAUCUUAUCUUCUUAAUCAUUAUAAUGAUUUAUAAUAAAUGUGAACACAUAUAAUAAUAAAUUAGCUACUAAGAAAUUAUGUGACUAAGCUUGAAAUAGACAUUAUCCAAGUAAUGCUUUGAAUUAAGUGGCACAAAGUACAUGCUAAAAACUAUGCAAAAAUAUAGGUGACUACAGUGUACUUACAUGUAAGUAUCUUAUGCUUUCUCUGUAUGGAUAUUGGAAACCCAUGUAUUUAUAAUAUGAAUUUUGAUUAUUUUAUAAGGUGGAAGAUGAAAUCUUGCAGUUACAAUCAUUAAUUAUUACAAUACAUGAAAAACUGUCAUCUUUAUGUAUAUUCCCCAAUUCUUUAAUUUACUAUGAGUUAUUUUUAAAACCUAAGCAUCAAUCCAUUUGGUCUAUUUUCUAAUUUGGGUAUCAUUGGGUUCCUUUCAAAUACCUUUUGAGCAAAUACCUCUACCUGCUAAUACAUUUUCUGCCAGAAAGGUCUCAGAACUGCUUAGAAAUCUAUAUCUAACCCAAACCUGGCAGUUUGUUCUUUUUGUCUUCCUUGAGGGAACCUUGCAUUCCUAGAUGCUGAAAUGUUGCCAUUUGCUCUAGUAUUUUUACUGUGAGCAGUGGAAAGACAGCCAAAGAAAUAUCCUGAACCCUAUUUCACCGAAUAUCUCACCUGGAAUUUCUGCUGUUUUUCCCAAUAACCCCAGAUAAUCUUACAUAGUGAGUACAAAAUGCUUCCAUCAAACAGCAGAGAAUGCCUUUUCUCAUUGUUAUUUUUCCCCACAGAUGUAAAUUUAUAUAAUAUUGAUCCUUUUAAUUUCAUCAUUUUUUCUAACAUGAGCUUCCAAAAGCAUUUAAAGUAGUGAGAUAACAAAAAAAAAAUCACAGAGAUAAAUAUUGUGAAAAUGAACCUCACAAAGCUUCCAAACUUCAGCCAUAGUUGUCCUUCUCUGAAGCACUAUCAUUACUGCCCAAAGCACUGAAUCACUGAAUCUAUUUUCUGUUGGUCAUUUGUAAUACAUUCCUAAAAUAAAUCUGAGGUUUAAAUUUAUUAUUAUUACUAUUAAUAAUGAUAGUAGUUUUUUAAUUUGUUUUAAACUGUACUUUUGGCAUCUUGAGAUUCUUUAAUCAUUUGAAGAUGUUGACUUUGUAGACAUCAGGCUGCAGUAAGUGUAUAUGUAUCUUCUAUGCUUGUAUGACAUAAUGACUAGGCUAUAGUUUGUAUAAUGGAGAUUUCUUACUGACUUACAUGCUGAGGAUCCCAUAUUGGGUUAUCCAGGUAUCGUAAUCUUGGCAUGAAUCAUUUGAUGGCACUGAUGCACUUUGCGUCUCCAGAUUGCUCAAGAGGAUUGCAUUGAAUCUCCUCACUUUUCACAGUUAAGCCAACUGAGGUAAUGCAUUGUGCCAUUGUCUUAAAAAAAUAUUAAUGUUAUAUUUGUUAAAACAAUAUCUUGUAUACAUAGUUCAACAUAUAAUUUAUUUGAUUAAAAUUAUUUUAUUUUCAGAUAAGAGCUACUCAGCUAACAGCAUUAUGAAGCAUUGCAAAUUAUGAAUAAGCUGCUUUAAGGGUCAACACUCAAAGCUUAGGCUGCUAUCUGCUAGUUUCCUCAUUCUGAUAAUUACCUAAUAAUGGUAAUGGAAGCUACUUCCAACAAAGAUUAUUCUAAAUAAAUAGCUUUUUAUUUUUAAGGUUAAUGGAAUAUUUUCUGCUGUAAGGAAUUCUAGACAGGCAAGCAAUUGCCCCACUGCCUUGUGGAGCUCUGAAAAAUUAGGAAAAAGUAAAAAAAAAUAAUCUUGUCUAGCAAAUCACCUGCUUUUGGUUAAUUCUAAACCAGGUACCAACCACAAGCUGUGUUACCCUAAAUAUGACUACACUAAAAAAAAAUGCUAUAACUGGAUGGUUUCAAAUAUUUCAAAUAUCAUUAAGUUUCCUUUGUCAAUUCCCUUUACAAUGUUUCACUUAAGGAGCCAGUUUAGCAAAAUGUGUAGCUUUUCUGUCUCUUACAACAUUUAUAACCCAUCUCCAUGUAUGCAAACGACAAGUCUUCUAUAGUUACAUGCACUCAAUUCAUUGCUAAGUCAGACUAAACCUUGUUUGACUCUCUUCAUUAUACAUAUACCAAGUCCUGCAUGAAAGUAGAUAGUAUAGAUAUAUUCCUCAGACUAAGAAUACAUUAUUAGAGCCACAGGUUCAGUUUUUGCUGCAGAUAUAAUGUAAAUCUUCCUAAUGGCCAAUUUUAUCUUAUUUAUUAUCCUAUAGGAAAGAGGUAAUUAGCAGCUGGAUGCACAAAUGCUUGGGCAAGCUAAGUGGAAAAAAGAAAGCUGAAAGGACAUCAAAAUGUUAAGUAUGCUCAGUAUGAAGUACAUAUCAAUUAUUCUCAAGAGAUUUGCAGUCCAAUCUGCAUUUGAACAUGCAAACCCAUCCCCAAGUAAUCAGUUUUUGUGCACCAAUUCAUUACUAUAGUGUGCUUCAUUUUGUACAGCAUUUUCAGGACUCCAAAAUGCGUAUAAAUGUUUUGGGAAAGGUAGGAAUUAUAAUUCAUAGGCAUCUGGAAGAAAAACAGGGUAGCAAAGAAACUCCAGAGAAAUAAAGUAGUUUUCCGUAUUUUAGAAUAGAUAAAAUAUGUAGUCAUAAUUAUUCAAUUGUUUACUUUAAAAAUAUCCCAUAAUUAUUGGUACUGAUGCUACAAAAGUCACUUGUCAAAACUAUUUCUAUCUCAAGGCUGUGAUAGGUAACAAUUGUUACAUAUGCAUUUUGAGCAUUAUUUAGUUUUCAAAAAUUAUAUGUGAAAAUACACAGAAGACAGCAAGAAAGACAAAUUUUCUAAUCCAAUGUGCAGAGAUUCGUGCAAUAAACAUAUCUCCAUAUAAUUUGCUUGCAAAGUAUGCUCAAGAACCUGCAUGAAAGAAGAGAAUUCCUUAUUGAUACCACUGGUAGUUCUGGCCUCAAUCCUUUAAGUUAGCUGAAGCCAACCUGGCAAAUUCCGGUUGAAUUUAUUAUAACACAGCUAUAGAAACUUUUCAGAUAAAUAAUUUUUACCUUUCUUUUUUUAGAAUGUAGACAAACUGUCCAAUUAAUAGGCAUUUUCAUGAGGAUCCAGAAAUCAACUUUUUCCAAAAAUAUUUUAUUUUACAAUCAUUUACUAAUCACAAAUGCACUAUACAUUAAUAUUUCUUUAUAGUUUUUAACCUGAAAGGGUGUCUUAAUUAGAAAAAAAUAUUUAUAAAAGAAUGAUGCAUCAAGAAGUAAAAUAUAGUAUUUUUUUAUUCUAGAAACAUAGAUAAUCAAAUUAUACACUUUCUGUAAGCAUCUGAUUAAUUUAGCAAUAAUAUGUAUAUACUUUAAUUAUAUUUUAUACAUUUUCUGCAUUUCCAUACCAUAAAGUGCAUGCAUAUAUAUACAGACAGGCCAAAGGGCUGCUUUCUUUUGAGACAAUUUGUACAAAUUCAGCAGAUCCUCAUUUUCUAUAACCAGCCUUACAAUUUUAUAGGUGAGAAAGCAGCACUAUUAAAACAACAACUCUAUGCACUAUAUAGUUUCCCAGCAUUUUCAAUUCAAAAUGCACUUUAUAGUUUCACCAAAAGUUGGGAUGUUCAAAGUCUUUUGCAAUUAUCUCUUCCUUCUUUCUUUCCUACUUCUUUCAAUCUCUUCUUCUUAAAAAAACCCAAAACAAAUCUGAAAAAAGUGUUUUAUGAGUAAAUAGGGUGGUGCUCAUGAAUUCCAAUUGUCCCACUGAAAUAGGUCCACAAUUGCCAAGCUAUAAAGUAUUCCCCAUUCAUUUUAUUUUUAGGCUUUCAACUUUGGGGGAUCCACAAGUUUUCAUUGUUAUAACACAUAAAAUAUUUUCUGUCCUAUCUGGUACAGGACUGCUAGACCAACUCUUUCCCCAGGUUGGUAGCUAACCGAAAAGUGACUUCAGUGGCCUAAGAACUACAGUGUAACUGACAUGCAAUUUCAGCUAUGUUUUGGACACUAUAUCACUUAAUUCCAUACAGAGGAAUUAAGAAUUCACUGACAAUGGAAGCACAGUUUCUCAUUAUUUCAUAAUUUUUACUGAACAAAAUGCAUAUUGUAAUGUUAAGUACAUGACACUUGCAUGUUGCUGUGCCUAUAUACUUUCAGAGUUUUCAGUGUGUACUUUGUGGCGCUUAAAAUGUCGUACAAUUUUUAUCAACAUUCUACAGGGUUCCCAUUUGCACUUCAUAUUUCAGUAAAGUCGUCAGAGAAUUGUCUGAAUAUUAUUAAAAUGAAUAAAAUUUCAAUUUUAGUUAUCUGUUGGACAUUACUGAAGUGUCUAUUCAUUUAAUACAUUUUGGAAUUCUUGACUUUAAUAUGGAAUAUUAUCAGAACGCAUAUUGGCAAAUGUGAGGAACACAAAAUGUCUUGAAUAAAUAUUAGCAAAUAUUAGAAAGAUUGAACCUUUCCCAAUAAAAAUGUUUCAGGCAUCUCUAAUGAAGAAGUACUAUGAAAUGGCUUGUCCAAUAUACUUAACUAAGAGCCUUCUUGCAUGUAUUGAAAUAUCAAUUGGAUAAUAAUGCAAGAAGUGCAGGUCUGCCAAAAUGGAGACUAAAAACAAAGAUGAUCCAUCCACCCCCUCAUCCAUCCAUCAGGAAGCAGAUCAGGCCACAAAAAGUAUGUCGUCUAGAGUUGCCUAUUUCAGGUUUACGUAAGCAACUUCUGUUUUAAUACAGAAGAUUUUGUAGCUCUGCCAGCUCAACCAAGAGCAGGUGAAAUAUCACAGUUCUGGCCAUGAAUAUAUCUCAUUCAUAUUAGUAUAUACUUUAAAUUAUAAAUAUGAAGCAUGCAAUAAUUAUAGCUUAACCUCAGAAGUGGAAUAUCCCAAGAAUUCUGCCAUAGACAUUGGAUAAAUUUGAUAGAAUACUCUCUCUAUCUAUAUCUAUCUAUCUAUCUAUCUAUCUAUCUAUCUAUCUAUCUAUCUAUCUAUCUAUAUUGUUAAUUAGACUUAUAUACCGCUUCAUAUAUAUAUAUAUCAAGGGAUCACUAAACAAGAGGGAUGUUGAGAAAACGGAUGGAUACAUGCACACAGGCAAACUAUGGUAAUUUUAAUUCCCUUCCAAUAUAUUGAGAAAGGACCAAAUAAAAGCUCCCUCUACAGCUUUGGAUCUAAACUUAACCAGCACUAGAACUCUGAAACUGGAAGAUAUAGUAUUUCAUCAACAAUAUGUUAAAUUAGAAUACCAAUCAGCUUAUCAAAACAAUAUCAACAAAUACAAAAACUGUGUAAAAGGCAAUUGGGAUUUAUAUACAGUAUGUGCCCCAUACAGCAGGUGUCCCCAACCACCAGUCCAUAGACUGACUGGCAGCGGUCCACCGUAUGCCAGCAAUUGGGUUACACAAACAAGUGAAGUUUCAUCUGCGAGAUGCAGGCAGCAUGCAAAACCAUGUACCUUCGGUCUGCGGAAAAAUCUCCACUGAACCGGUUCCUGGUGCACAAAAGGUUGGGGGCCACUGCCAUUUUAAAUAAUAUUCUAAAUAAUAUUUAUUAUAUUGAGUGUGUAUUAUUAAAUCUAUGUUUUGCUUCCUUCAAAAAGAAAAAAAAGUGUGAAAAUGGGGAAUAGGAAUGUGUUGUAUGCAUUUUUUGGUGUCUCUGAGAAUACAUUAUGCUAUAACUGCCAUAAUUACUUCAAACAGUAAUCAUGGCAGCAGUGUGUGUGUGUGUGUGUGUGUGUGU